AUGAAUAUAGCACCCUCACGUCUCCUCAACGGCGUGACCACUCUGGAUACAAAUGCCGGAAUGGUUCUCAUCGCUGACUCGGAACUCGGUCUAAUUUGGCGCGUAGAUACAAAGAGCUUGACCUACGAGACUGCUUUACAGGAUGGCACGAUGGCACCAAGGGAGACUUUGAACCGCCUGAUCGGUAUCAAUGGCGUGCGCGUCUGGAAGGAUUACGUGUACUACAACAACAGUCUCCUUCAGCUUACAUGCCGUGUACGCAUGGAUUGA